AUGACCGAACAGUACAUGCAGAUUUUCGUUCAAGAACAAAUUAGAGCACUUACUAUGUUUUUUGGUACUCGUUAUGAAGAUGUUAAUCAAUGGUUACAAGAUACGGAAGAAAUAUUUGAUCGAGUACAAUUAAAACCAUGUAAUAAAUAUUUAGCUGUACAAUCGUAUUUAACAGGUACUGCUGACACAUGGUUCCGUUUACACAAAUCAAAUAUUCCCGAUUGGUCUACAUUUAAAAAAGAAAUUCUCGAAGUUUUUAAAACAUCAGUUAAUCAAACGUUAUUUACAGUUGAACAACAACAAUCAGUAGUGCACCCUCAUAAUUAUGCGUCAUCCGCACCAGGUCUUAAUUUAUCAUCAGUUAUGAAUCGAAGUUCAUCAGAUUCAAAUACACAUUCUCUACCUACUCCUGAAAUUAAACCAUUACCGUUACCUAUAUCGAAUUCAAAUGUUUAUCAACAACCGGAUAUUGUUGUUUUACUCGAGCAAUCAUCAUCUCAUGAAUCGAUCAAUACUGAAUCAAUUAAAAAUUCAACUGUUGACAAUACUGUCGAUAAUAUACCAAAUGUUAACUCUUCGACAAUUACAAAUAUUCUAUCACCAUGUUAA